AUGCGUGGCCUUGUGAUAUACGCGUUUAUUUUGGCCGGCCUCUUUUACUUUUCGGAAGGUAAACCAUGCCCUGAAAAGACGCGCCCCCACAAAACCCGCUGCGACUCGUACUACAGGUGUCGCCAACUGCCCAGCAACUCGCACGUUUGGAUACCCACCAAAUGCAACGAGGGCCUCGUCUACGAACACAAUGUGGGCAGUUGCGUGCUCCCUGGUGAGGAUUGGGAGUGCCUGUCAGCCAGCGAACUGGCGACGACUACAAGGAAACCGAACGACAUUAUUAUUGUGAGCGAUCGAAAUGGAGCGGGAUUGAUGCUCAAGGAGUCAUCUGCAGAGUCACAUAAGCAUGACGACGAAAAUGUGGAAAUUGUGCUCGAUGGCAUGCUGAGCAGUGAAGAGGAGCUUGAGGAGGAUGCAGAGCACCAUGGCAAAAGACCGCAGUCCACUGCACAGCCGAACGACAACGAGAGCCAGAUAAGUGGCAUUAACAAUUUCGAUUCCAGCGGAGAUGGCGAGCUGGUGGAAUUGGAUGGAUUUCUGCAGGCAGAGAACCGUGAAAGUGAGCAGCAUAUGAGUAAUCAUAAGGGACAAGUGCAGAUGUUGCAGGCGCAGCUAAAGCAGGUUACCCCCAGUCCGAGCCCCACACCGGAAUCACCCAUCGAUCCCAACUUGACAGCGCACUUGCAGAGGUUGUCGCAACUGAUUGAUGGACUCAAGCAAACCUACCAGAAUUCAGAUAAGCCGCAGACGGAACUGCGACCGGAUCAACUAAACGCCUUCCUGGCCCACUUUGACAUUAAAAAUCGUUUCGACACGAUGAACCCCAUGGACAAUUACAAAGCCGCGCCUAUAUCUUCAACGACACAAGCGCCCCUUACAACUAUAAAGACGACUAUGCCAUCCUCAAUGAGCUCCCAGCUGCCCACUCCCUCGCCAAAUAAGACACGGCUGCAGGAGCACUUAAGCAAUCAUCACAUGGAACCUGAGACCAAAGUGGUGCUAAGUAAUGGCUACGGUCUAAUGCCAGGCGGCUCGGGCUCGGGUUAUACCAACUCGCAGAUUGUGGUCAACAGACCAGAGGGGUCGGUGCUCUUCACGCUUCCCCACUACGGACUAAUGCCGGAUCAGCAACAGCAAUUGCCGCAGGAGCACAUGCCCCAUCCUCAUCUAAACAGCCACGAAUAUAGUAACGAGCCGAAGAUAUCGGAGGAAACACUGAAGACGGUGCUGGAGCUCUCGAAGCAAAUGAUAGCAGCUCAGAAUUUACCAAAAGUGUUGCCCAAUCCGGCCUAUAAUCCCGCGUACUACGCGCCGCCCAUUUUGCAACCCGUCAUAUUGUCACCACAGGGCAAUCCCUUCCAGCAAUAUUACGCCCCCCAGCUGCAACAACAACAGCAGCAACAACCACCACAGUACAGUCAACACAAAAAGCACCAUCACAUGUCUGGAGCAUCCUCCAACGAUUAUAACAAACCCAGCACCACAAUUAUUCACAAUAAUGUAAUACCCGUGCACGUAUCGACCACCAAUUCGGGUGAGAAAGAGAUGAUGGACAGCUAUGGCAAUAGUCUGGGAAGGUUUCCAUCCAUUCCGGGGGCAGACAAACACAAUAACAAUAAUCAUCUAGACAAUCAGAAUAACAACAAUUACUACAAUACCAACAAGUUUGUCGCAUCUGUCACCACGGCCAGACCUACUAUAUCUGUAACUACGAUGGCCACACGCUAUUCGGGACAAUAUGGAGCGCCCUAUGCUUCAGAAUAUGGGCUCACCACCCCGCGACCCUUUGAGCAGCAGCCCUCCCCCGCGACCGUUGCCAAUUACUACACGCCUAGUCCUCAUCUUAACGACCAUAAUGUCAAUCGCGUCUUUCAAACAGAGAGCUACCCAACCAUGAAUGUGCUGAGCAUGCCUAGGCCCAUGGAAACGGCAUCCUCAGCGGGACAGAGGUAUCCCUCUCACAAUCUUUUUCCCGCCCCGCUCGAAGCGGGUCAAGUGAAAAUACGUCCCAAUUCACAGAAAAUCGAAAGCAUGGAAGUGGAGGCUGAUGAAGUUAUUAACGCCAAUGCCAACAACAAUCGCCACAGCAGCACUGGCAGCAACAACAACAACAUGCACCAUGUACUGACCUACAGCAGCAGCAGCGGCGGCAGCGGCAACAUGGAACCGACGUCAGACCUGAGCGAGCAAUUAGCACCUGCGUCCGUAUCUUCUUCGUAUCUGGAGCAGAAUUAUGGCAGUCAGAAUGCGGUCAGCAAUCACCAAUAUAUGCCGAGACCAUCAACGACAUCGUUGAGCACGAGUAUUUACGACAAUGCCGGCAACUUGGGCGUUAAUGUUUUCAGCAACAGUUUCGCCAGCGCCCUGCCGCCCAUCUCUAACAACUUCAGUCCUGUCAAGCCAAAAUUUCCGCCCACUCUACUGCGCAAUGGCCAGCACCAUAAUAAGCAGUUGGUCAACUUCGACGGCAGCUUCAUUAGUCUGGAUGUCUUUCAGAAGUCCAUUCUUCCGCUGCUCACUCGCUCGCCGGCCUCGCUCUCCGAGCUCGGCAAGGUGGAGGUCAUCACCUGCCAGGCAGGAGUGCGUCAGCCCAAUGUGACGGACUGCACCCGCUACUUUGUGUGCAGCAAGAAGGAUGGCAAGGUGCUCUCCUACUCGUGUCCCCCAUACACCGGGUUCAAUACGCAGACGCGUAUUUGCGAUGCCCAGACCUAUGCGCAGUGUGGAAAUCUGCCGCUCGUGAGCACCUACUACUCCAUUAACGAGAACAAGCGACUGCAAAUGGAGGCCUUGAAGGUCUUGUCCGAGGCGAAAAGACGUCAGGAGGCGGCUCUGAAAGCACAAAAUCUGGUCAACCUGUUUCAGCAAUAUGGCAGCGCCUCAAAUUCUCAGGAGCAGCCAUCCCCUGCCUCUACCAGCGUCGAGAAGGAUAUGCUGGACUCCUAUAUGCUCAACAUGCCCUCCGUUCUCUCGGCUAGCACGCCGCGACCUGCUCUGUCUGCAUCCACAUCUGCGCCCACAUUCUCACCCUCAAGUAGCAGCCAAAAGAAGCGGAAGUAUUACUGCAAGGAGGGGGACAAAAUACCGGAUCAAACAUCCAUAGCCAGCUACUUUGUUUGCUAUAAGAACGCACAGGGUCAGAUGAAGGGUCACAAGAUGACCUGCUCAAAGGGUCUGCUCUUCUGCCCCAAAACCCUCAUGUGCACUCUGGCCUCCAAGUGCGACUGA